UUGGUCGCCAAAAAUUUGGGAGGCAAAUUUGAUUUUUAUAGAGGCGGGAAUUGAAUUUUUUUUGCGACAAACAAAAUUGGUCGCCAUUUUUAAAACGUUGUUCCACGCAUUCACCUUCACAUGCUCUCUCUCUCUCUCUCAUUUCCUUUUGUUUGCAUCGCUCUCCUACUACUGAUUACCCCAACCCACUCAUCCACCAGCUCCAGCUAUGAAAAAGCAUAUACAUACACUUUCAAAACCCAUAUCAUAAAUUUCUAGGGUUUGAAGUUUUAAAUGCAAAUCCUUUCUUCUUCGUAGAUUAGAGAGAGAGAGUGUGUGAUAAAUUGAAAUUGAUAAUGCCAAGGCAGAAUCGGGUUGUGGAGGGUUUGAUUCCCGGAUCCUGCAAGAUCCGAAAGAGGGGUUGCUCGUCGUCUUCGUCUUCGUCCUUUGUGUUGCAGAAUUACCGAUUCAAGCGGGCCAUUUUGGUGGGUAAGCCUCGGGGAUCCAUAUCGAGCACUCCGGUUCCGUCUUGGAGGACGACGGCAGCGGCUUUGGAUUCACCCAAGUACGCACCGUCGCAGAGCUGUGGUGGGAGGUCGAGGCCGGUGUCUGCGAGGAACUUGGCGGCGACGCUGUGGGAGAUGAAUGAGGUUCCGUUGACUAGGCCGGUGUCUGCCAAGCCCUCAAUGCCCAAGGCAUACGAUAUGCGUAAUGCUGGUGCUGUUAUUCACAGUCAUGGAAUGGAAUCUUGUCUCGUGACAAUGAUAAAUCCUUUAGCAAAGGAGUUUCGAAUUACUCAUAUGGAAAUGAUAAAAGGAAUUCAAUGGCAUGGUUAUUAUGAUGAGCUUGUUGUCCCAAUAAUAGAAAACACCGCUCAUGAAUGGGAGCUGACAGAUUCUCUUGCUGAAGCUGUUAUCCUUUUGAAAGCAAUCUGUGAUCUGUACUGUUGCUUUCCACUUGAUAGUGCAAAGGCACAAUUUAUUCAUGUUGUAGAUUGUGAGGAAAUUUCUACUCAACUAUCCCAUUUCGUAUAGCUCAAUUUUAAUGCUGGGUCCAACAUUCCUGAAAUUUUAUUGCCGUGCCUAACAUUCCUAGUCAAUUUGUAGAACAUUUCUACUUGAUUUAAUGUCGGGCCCAAAUUUCUUCUUCGUUGCUUUAAUAGUGGAAGCACAGGAAGCAGUGGCAGCAAUAGAAGCAGGUGCUAAUGUAGCUGGAGGUAGAGGUUUCUAUCUGAAAGGAUGGUGUACGCCUUAAUCAAGCUCUAAUUAAUUUUGGUCUUGAUUUUGUGGAGAAAAGGGGGUACACUGCAUUGCAAACUCCAUUCUUUAUGAGGAAAGAUAUCAUGGCAAAGUGUGCUCAGUUAGCACAAUUUGAUGAAGAACUUUACAAGAACAGCCUGGACACAAAGGUGGAGAAGUCAAGGAAGCAAUUGAAGGAAAGGAAGAACAGGACCAAGAAGAUCCGUGGUGUAAAGAAGGUAAGGAAAUUGCUUAUCUUGGCCUUGGGGUACACGUACACUGGUUAAUCUCUCUGUCUGCACAUUGUUACACAAUGUGCAGACCAAGGCCGGAGAUGGUGCAAAGGCUGGGAAGAAGAAAUGAGAUGUUGUGGAUUUUGUGGUUAUUGCAUGCCGGAAGCAAAAGCGAAGAAUGGUCUUACGCAGCAGCUUUCUUCAUAUAGUUAUUCUGUUAUUUUUGGAUUUUGGUUCAGUUUUCUUGCUGCUUAAUUAAAACUUUGGCAUGUAUGAAUCUCUCUUUCAAUCAAUUUUACUACUAAGAAAUUUUGUUCCUACCAGAAUUCAGUCUAAUUCUAUGUAUUACAAUGACGAGUCAUUCAUGUUGUAAAUCUUUUGAGGUCUGAAGUUACUUCAAUGAGCAUACUUAGCUUUACUGGACA